AUGCUUAGGAUUGCAGCCUUUUCGAGACUUGUUUCCCGUAGCUCGCUCACAGCCGGUCGUGCAAUGCCUAAGACCAUGCCUCAGGCAUUAGGGCUCUCACUCACCCCGGUGAGAUUCCACGGUCAUGUGCAUAAGCCAAAGCCAGGCGAAGAACUUCACGUAACUUUCAUUUUAAAGGACGGCACACAGCGGAAAUACGAGGUAUGCAAAGGCGACUCACUCCUGGACAUUGCACAGGCCCACAACUUGGACAUGGAGGGCGCUUGUGGAGGCUCGUGUGCGUGCUCUACUUGUCACGUGAUCGUCGAUCCCGAAUACUACGAUGCUCUUGAAGAGCCGGACGACGACGAAAACGACAUGUUGGAUCUGGCUUACGGGCUGACCGAGACCAGCAGAUUGGGGUGCCAGAUAAAGAUGAGUAAAGACGUUGACGGGAUUCGCGUCGCGCUGCCUGCGUUGACUCGCAACGUCAGCAACGCCGAUUUUGAGUAG